AUGGCGAGUGCAGUAGCAGGAGGACUCUUUAAUGCAUUUGCGGGAGCAGGAUACCUAUUUAAAAUGUUUGAUAGAAACGGAUACGCUGAGGAAGCUAAAAGACAUAACCUUGCAAUGGAGAACCUAACAGCUGAAAGAGAAAAGUACCUUGAGGAGGUUACUCAUAGGAGAAAUAGGAUUGCCCAACUGAAGUCAGAACUAGCUGAGGCAAGUAGGGAUAUCAAGUCAACGAACCAAUCAUUAGAACUCGUCAGAAGAAUCAAUGAGAUAAGACGUAAGCUAUGCCAAGGAAGCCGCAAUUGA